CGCACAAUCAACCUGCGAAACGGCAACAGUGCACCGAUCAUUCUGAGUUCCAGCAGUGAUCGGGUUGCACGUUCCACUUCGUGCACCCUCUUUAUUUCCAGUUUUUUCACAUAAAAUCGGUGUUUUGUGUUCGCCAAUGGUUUUGUUUGUGUAUUCGUAGUGCUCCAAGAUGCCCACGACGCCCGAGUGCGACUACGACAUCGUCUCCAACGAGGGGCUGCUCUCCCUCCUCCGGAACGAGUCGAAGAAGAUCGUCAUUCUGGACUGCCGCAGCUCCAUCGAGUACGGCGAGUGCCACAUCCGAGACGCCGUCAAUUUUUCCAUUCCGUCGAUUAUGCUGCGCCGUUUGGCCGCCGGCAAGAUCGACCUCGCCUCCACCGUCAAGUGCAGGGAGUUGAAGCACAAGAUCUGCAGCACCUACAAGGAGAAUCUCUUCGUGCUCUACAACGAUCUCUCCGGAGUUCAACAACAUCAAGCCGACUCCGUUCUCAACGUUUUACUGCGAAGGCUGACGCAAGAUGGUUGCCGUGUCGUCUGUCUUAAAGAUGAGUUCCAAACAUUCCGAAAUUCGUAUCCGGAAUGGUGUGACAGUUGUUCCGAACUGUUGGACACUUCGGGAGGGACAAUGCCAUCGGCCGCCGGCCCUGACCCCCUGCCUCUCAUGGGGCUGCGCUCGCUUCGCAUUUCAGCCCCCCCGUUGCACAGACCUCAUCGAAGCUGCGACAGUUUGUCCUCCACUGCCAACAGCUCCACCGACAGUUCCGACACCGACGAUCGAUGUGACAGUUCAUUGGUUCUUUCAGGUUUGGAAGAUGAUAGAGAGUUUCCUGUCGAAAUUCUUCCGUACUUGUUUCUCGGCAAUGCUGCCAACAGUGAAGACAGUCAGUCUCUUGAACGACACGGCAUUCAGUACAUACUGAAUGUCACUCCUGACUUGCCUAAUGUUUUUGAAAAUGUCGGACAUUACAAGUACAUGCAAAUUCCCAUCACGGAUCAUUGGUCGCAGAACUUGGCGAGCCAUUUUCCAGAGGCUAUAGAAUUUAUAGACGAGGCUCGGUCCAACCAGAAGGGCAUCCUGGUGCACUGCCUCGCCGGCGUGUCCCGCUCCGUCACCAUCACCGUGGCAUACCUCAUGUACAAAUGCUCCCUGAACCUGAACGACGCCUUCAACGUGGUCCGCUCGCACAAGUCCAACAUCGCCCCCAACUUCCACUUCAUGGAGCAGUUGUACAACUUCGAGCGCGAGUUGAAGCUGAACGUGUCUUCCCAGAGCCCCGAGGCCCUCAUGGAGAAGGAGCAGAAGAGCCGCUCCAAAGGCGAGCAGACGCGGCAGCGCGGGGCUUGCCAGAACUGCGGACUUACAGAAAACUGUAAAUGUCGACAACACAUGGACUUUCUCAGUCCGUUGGCGCAGAUCGGGGUCAGUCCCGAUUCGGGGAUCGAGUUCGACCGGUGGGCCUCGAGCACGCCCAACGAAUGAGACAACAAGGGGGGGUCGCAGUGGCACUUUUAAGGUGGCGAGCGGGCCGCUGUCAUCCUCCCUUAGCAAUUCGUCGUGUCUUAUUCCUUAAAUGGCUACACUUUUAUUGCCAGUAUUAUUCAGCACAAAUUGGUUCAAAAAUUGUGUUACUUUGAGGAAUCGUUAUUUUUAUAUUAAAACAUUGUUGUGUUCUGUAAAUACAUGUUUAUUUUCUUAGAAAGACUGUUGGGCAGCCUGUAAAGAAACUUUUGUAUUUUAUACGACUACUUAAUACUGUUAAUUGCUAUUAAAGGGCACAAUUUCUGAUUGUUUACGAGAAUUACAAAUUGUACUGCAUAUCGAGAUGUAAUUUUAGAAUUAAAAGCUACGAAAUGUUUCCAUCCACAGAGUGGAUGUUUAAAUUUUUACACCUACAGUUUUGGUAUUAUUAAAAUGGCCUAAUGUUGAUUUUAAUAAUCUCAAACGUGCCAGGUGACGUGUUGUAGUCUCGCCCUGUAUAUGGAACAUUUUGUGAAAAAUUAGUGCCAUAUUUAUUUAUUUUUCCAUGCAUGUAGGAACAAUCUUGCCAUAAUUAGACACCCAAUCCGUGUUGGAUUACAAAAACAUUGUUAAGCUGUAUAUCGUUAUCCAAUAGAGAAAUUAUUGUACGAAUAAAUGUUAAAUGAAAUAUAUAUUUUCAUGACAUAGGUUAUAACAUAGAUUAACUCGGUAGUGAUUAUAUUAAAAGAAAGAAUCCAGUCAUUAGACAUAGGGACUAGACAUUUUUUCAACAACUUUGCCACUUGGCUCAGUCAUGGUUGAAAAUGUUUAACAUAGAAAUAUGCAAUGUUUAUUUACUGUUAGACAGUAAUACAAGCCCUAUAUAAUGAAUGUUUGUUAUUUUCUUAAUUUUAAACACGAAAAAGUUGGCAAAGCCGCCACCUUUCAGUUAUUACGUAAAUUGAUAAGUCAGUGUAUCGCUAUGUUUACCAUUGUUCUAUUAUAACAUUCCUAUUGAAUUUAACUUUGUAAUUAUUCUUAUGACAAAAACAUUUAUUCUUCCACUUGUCAGUGACAAAUCUUUACAGAAUUAUUAGUAGGUAAUAAUGUUCCAUAUUUUACUUAUUGAUGUUAUUUUAUAUGUGAAUAUUUAUUGUAUAUUAUUAAUCCAUGUUUCUUCACAACUUUUGGAUAAUAAAUUUUCAAUGUGA